GUUUCUGCCAUUAAAAUGGGAAAAUUGGAAACGGAAAAUAAUUGGUUUGCUGGACGAGACAACUCACCAGCUGUUGCGGCUCUCUCAAGUGACACUCCCACGAACCCACCAGCCAAAGAAAACACGGUAGGAAGGAAGAAAGAGAAGAGAAGAGAAGCACAAAUGGAAGGGAAAAAAAUGGCAACUUUAGAGGGAGAAAGGGAGUCUUCUUCCUUUUAGUGAGAGAAAUUGAGGGCGAGGCAGAGAGAGAGAGAUAGAAGGGGACAGUGUGUGAGAGUGUGUGUGAGAUAUUGCACAGGGAGUGAGAGAGAGAGAGAGAGAGAGAGAGAGGAGGGGGAGGAAGGAGAGAGAAAGUAGUGCUGAUUGGUAGUAACCAAGUCUUGUCCUUUUGAUUCACCAUACCCAUGUUAUUGUUAUUGGUGUUGUUGCUGUUGUCCCCUAAUCUUCCUCAGAUUUCUUCCUUUGCUCACUCUUCACUCUAUUCGUAUUCUUCGGCUUCUGCUUCUUGAGGAGCAGACGAGGGUUGAUUUAGUAACUGUUGUUUAUGUGUCAAACUUAGCUGGUGUUUGAGCUGAACAUGACCUGGCUAACCGUCAUUGGAGUGCUUUGAUCAUUGCAUCAACGGAGGUAGCUGUAUUACUUCUGGGUGGUGUGCAUUAGGAAAGCUAGAUAGAUGGGUUCCCGUUUCCCAUCUCAUCAGCUCAGCAAUGGGCUCUAUGUAUCAGGCCGGCCUGAGCAGCCAAAGGAAAGAGGUCCAACAAUGAGUUCUGUGGCAAUGCCAUAUACAGGGGGUGAUAUCAAGAAGUCUGGAGAAUUGGGGAAGAUGUUUGAUAUCCCUGUGGAUGGCUCAAAGUCUAGGAAGUCUGGACCUAUUACUGGUGCACCUUCAAGGACGGGAUCGUUUGGGGGUGCUGCUUCACAUUCUGGACCAAUUAUGCCCAAUGCAGCUGCUCGGGCUGCAUACACUACGUCAGGUGCUGCGUCGUCGGGUGCCAUGUCUGGCUCAGCUUCUCUAAAGAAAUCAAAUUCUGGACCCCUUAACAAACACGGCGAACCACUAAAGAAGUCAUCUGGUCCUCAAUCUGGUGGAGUGACACCCUCCGGUCGACAAAACUCUGGCCCUAUUCCUCCUGUUCUUCCUGCAACUGGCCUAAUCACAUCUGGGCCUAUUUCUUCAGGACCACUAAAUUCCUCUGGGGCUCCUCGUAAGGUAUCUGGUCCUCUGGAAUCUAUGGGAUCGAUCAAGAAUCCAAAUUCUGGUGUUCACAAUCAGGCUGUCACUAUUCUCAGCCAAGAUGAUGAGUUUUCCUUCAAAAAGAACUUUCCAAAACCAAUAUUUUGGUCACUGAUUCUACUCUUUGUAAUGGGCUUCAUUGCUGGUGGGUUUAUCCUUGGAGCAGUCCAUAAUCCCAUACUUCUUAUAGUUGUUGUGGUUCUUUUUGGUGCUGUCGCUGCAUUGUUCAUAUGGAAUAACUGUUUUGGGAGGAAAGCUAUCAUGGGCUACAUUGCCCAGUAUCCAGAUGCUGAGUUACGAAAUGCCAAAAAUGGGCAAUUUGUGAAGAUCUCUGGGGUGGUUACCUGUGGCAAUGUUCCUCUGGAGUCCUCGUUCCAAAAGGUUCCUAGAUGUGUUUAUACAUCCACCAGUUUGUACGAGUAUCGAGGAUGGGAUUCGAAAGCUGCCAAUGCUAAACAUCGCCGUUUCACUUGGGGGCUCAGAUCUCUAGAAAGUCGUGCGGUUGACUUCUACAUAUCUGACUUCCAGUCGGGAUUGAGAGCGUUGGUUAAAACAGGGUUUGGAGCAAGAGUGACGCCCUAUGUAGAUGACUCUUUUGUCAUGGACAUCAAUGCGGGUUCUGAAGAAAUGUCUCGGGAUUUCUCGAGAUGGUUGGCUGAGAGGAAUCUAUCGAGCGAUGAUCGGAUGAUGCGGUUAAAAGAAGCAUACAUCAAAGAAGGAAGCACAGUGAGCGUAAUGGGAGUUGUUCAAAGGAAUGACAAUGUGCUUAUGAUCCUACCACCUCCUGAACCCUUCACGACGGGUUGUCAGUGGGGAAAGUGCAUCUGUCCUGCAAGUCUCGAGGGCAUUGUGUUGAGAUGUGAAGACACCUCCAGGAAUGAUGUCAUACCUGUGUAAUAACUGUUGGAUGGUAGACAGACUCUAUGGCAGCCCUUUUCUUCUCCUUUCCUUUUUCCUGCAUAUUUCUUCCAUUAAUAUUGGUGGUGGUGAUGCGGCAGCAGCAAGGCAGGCAGGCAGGCAGGCAACAGAACAUACAGCAUUGCUGGUGGUGAUGGUGCUGCUGUUAUUAUGAGUGGUGAUGUUGAUGAUUGUAAUGAUGAUUAGGUGGUGGUGUUUCUCUUUUUGUAAUUUUUUGUUUUGUUUUUAUCCCUGGGAAGUUUUACUCGUGUAUAGUUUGGUGUUGGCCUCUCUUUUUUUGUUUAAUCUGGUUUCCAUUUUUUCAAUUUUUCAACUAGGGAUUGAAGAAGGCUUUUGGCUAUGUGGGGUGGAUGUUAAUGAUUAUAUUGUAGGAAGGGACAAGUUUUUACCAAUGUUUGAGCAGAUUUGCCCGGUUAUGUUAAAUAGAAAGAAGGAAAAAGAAAAGACCAUCUGUGAGCUAUAUCCCUCUGUAUGUUAUAUAUUUCUUUCUAUCUCUGUGUUACUCAGUAGUCAACAAAUGAAAUAAAGAAAAACAACAGCUUCUGGAAAGCAUCUUGUCAGCCAAUCUCAACCUCCAUCCCAUAUGGUAGGCUGGAAUUUUGACAAAGAUGAGUAUAAUAUAGAAGUCUAGAGUGACAGCUGGAACUUGGUACCACCAUUACAUUUACAUUUAUUACAGUAUCUUCUGUGUUAUCCAGGUUAGUAGGCAAAUGGUGCUUAAGUCGAGGGCUGUAUGCAACAUGGCAAAUUCCUUCUGUGGAUCCAUCAUCCAUGAAUGACCUUUGUAUGAAGAUGGUUCGAGAGCCUUUCGGGCGAUGUCCAGCGUAGUGGUAAGCAGCUUGCUGAACUGGGACUAACCUGCAUCGGUUUUCAUUUCCUUGGUUUUUGAUAGGUGCGAAUCUGCUCUUGCGAUUCCAGGUAGUAGCCGGAAUUUGCCUUGCUCCAUAACUAGCUCUCCUUCCAAUCGUGUGUACAUUACAUCAUGCUUUUCCAAGGUUUGCCAAACAAGCCUCUCGGCCAAAACAGAUGCG